GACAAAGCUUGCAACCCUUGUUUUCCUUGUUUGCCCUUUUUCUUUCUUUCUUUGUGUUGUCGUUGGAACGUAAUUCGUAUUGACGGCAAUCAUGUUGCAGCAAUCUACCUUGUCCGUUUCUGCUAAUCAGCCAACCACCCAAGCUAGUACUACUGUUGGCCCUGCUAAUAGAAACAGCGAGUCAGACCUGUUGCAACAACGUGCCACCAAUACGAACCGCUCAAGCACUACUACUACUACUACUACUACUACUAAUACUACUGCUAGUGGCAGUCAACAGCAACAGCAACGUCGCUCGAACAACAGAACUCCCACCGCUGAUAAUGUGGUUCGAGCCAUGAGCCCUGAAGGUCGACGCUAUCUCAAGCCUGUCAAUGGUAUCCAGACCAAAGGGUUCGCGCGAUCAGCCCAACGACGAUCGUCCGUGUUGACACUGGGCUCUAUUGAGCGACUGCAGCACUUUUAUGCCAAACGUGAUCUCAAAAUAAACAAGGUGGGCAUUUUGGGAUUUAAUAACAAGCAGGGUGGUGCAGGAACUCGCGGCAAUAACAACAACAGCAACAAUGACACCUUGAAAGAAGACAAAGAAGAACAUGACGAUGCUGAUGACGAUGAUGACGAGGACAUGAUUCUCCCAGAAGAGCGCCAACCACCACCACCUAGCUGGAUGCAACUGGAUGUCGAAACGGACCUUGAUGUGCUAUUGAGCCAAUGCUUCCAAGAUGCUCAGGUGAUGCUUCACAACUGGUGUAUGAUUUCUUCGGAGCAUUCCGACUCGGACACUUGUUCCGACAACGAAGGGGCAGGGUUCCACAUUGCAUCGCUCUUGCAGUCUGUGACACGCGCACUCGACUCAGUCCGCACCUACACGUUCCACAGGAAUGACUUGACUGAACAUGCCAUGAAAAGGUUACGCCAUGCUGGUAUUCAGCUGCUCGGCACGGUCAAGGACCUCGAACUUCGUCAUCAAAGCGGUCAAGUCGGUGAUGAUGAAGGCUUUAUCCCUUAUAAUCAGCUGCAACAAGAACGGGUCGCCAUCCUUCGAUAUCUGGCCUUGGUGGAGGAGUUUGCGUUCAAUCCACCCCAUCACCAUCAUGCUAUCGGUUGCACAGAAGAACCGGUGCAAGUGUUUGAACAUCCUCAAAUUAACGCCUUGUUGGCACCUUAUCGCAGCAACAAUGAUGAUAUCACCAGCAACAGCAGUAGCAGCAACAAGAUGACUCGUGACAGCAAGAGACGAUCCUCGUCAACGACAGAGAUGAACUGGUUGGACCCUGCAUGUUUCGUCAAUGAUGAGAUGGGACGCUACCAUGCACUAUUAAGUGAAUAUAUUCCCGACGAAAGCGCUCUGCUUCCAGACCCACAUAUGGAUGAGGACGACUUUUUGGCUCACUUGGCUGACGGAAAAGUCCUGUGCAAUGUCUACAACAAUAUCGUGAAUCGAUCGCGUCGGCCUUUUGGUUUGAUCAACAAGAUCCACGAUGAUACCAAACGCACCUUCCGGGCAACCGAGAACCUCCGCUUCUUUGCAGCUGCUUGCAAGCUUCGUUUUGACCUUCAUAUCCAUCCCUUUGAUUCUGUCGAGGUGGCACGCAAGACUGAACGGGGCUUUUACAUGCUUAACCUGGCUGUCACUGCCUUUUGCAGCUGCGUGAUUGCUGAGCUGCGUGAGAGUGCCGGCUCGGCAGCCUCCAAGAAGCGUGCUACCUUUUUGUCGCCGCCCACGAGUCCAUCCGUUGUCGAACAUGUUGAAAAUGCUUUCUUCUCCAACAAGAACACCAACAACAGCGGCAAUAAAUACCGUUUCCAUUAACACAUUCGUUUUCAUAUGUUUCCACUCAUCAUCUAGUAUAUAACAUAUCUCCCGCUUGAAUAUAUAUAUAUAUAUAUUAUGCUUUCCCUUUCUUAUUAUCACCACUGGCACCUCCAUCCCCACUCAUUCUACAUAAACCCUUAUACACUUUCAUACACACAAAAAAAUCAGGAAAACUUCUAAAAACCCGCAUCAUUUUCUAUGAAUAUCAUCUUUCUCUUAUCAUUAUCCCCCCUCCCCUUCUUCGUUGAUAUAUCAUCAUCGUAAAGACUAGUUUGAUCUCUUCCUUCAUUAUCAAUAUAUAUAUGGAUAAAAAUAAAAAUCUACAAUGUAAAAAAUGAAAAGAAA